AGACAAUUGAGGCCCCAAGAUGAAAUUUUGCCUAUGAAAUCUGCUGAUUUCAGCAUUUUACGAUAUCGAUAUGCCGAGGAAGACUGCCAGACGUAAAGAUGAGUCUACCAAGAGUAAUACAGACAAAAGGCAGACUUCAAUUCUUGAUCUUUUUGCCAAAAAACGCCAUCAAAAGUGUGGUGUGACGACCAGCGAAAAAGUUUGCAUGGGCGUUGGGUCUAAUAGUGUUGACUCUGCAUCUGAUGAUGAUGUGCAAGUGAUAUCUGUCCGUGGCAGUAGGCCUAUGGGGUCUGAAUCGAUAUAUUUCAGUCACAAUCAUGCAAUUAUGCCAGGUGCUGAUAUAUUCAUGGACGGUGGUGAGAAGUCUUCAGGAGUCUCCAAGCUCACGUUGCGAAGGUCAACAGGCACUGGCACAGCUUCAACUGUAGUCCUGCCACAGAACACUCAAACUACUGCCAGAAACUGUACAAAUUCACUUCAUGGCUCUGUCUCUACUCAGGCCAAUGAUUCUGGAUGUUCUGUUAAAACAGAUACAGCAGUGGGAUCUCCUGGUGAAGUAGUUACAGGUGUUCAAAGAAGCCGUAAAAGAAAAGCCUCUGGAACGAAUCAGCAGAAAAGGAAACCGUCUUUUAAAGGGCAGAUUUCACAAUCAGAUUGUAAAAAAUCAAAAAGGAGCAGAUGUUGUGAAGAUGUGAAAUCAGAAGAAAAUGUGAGGAAAUAUUCUUUCCCACCCUUACCAUGUUCAAAUUCAUGUGUGCCAUCGUGUAGCCAAAGCUCUAUUGAGGACUCUGGGGUUGAUACAAUGACAUCGAAACAGGAAUCUGGUUCUGCUUAUAUGCAUAAACAGCUUGACUCUGCUCCUGCAAUUCAAAUGACUUCAGAUCAAAGUGCCUCGAAUUCACCAGGGAUCAAUCCAAAUCCUAACUUAGAUCUAACUGGUCUUAAAAGUUCAAAUUUGGAUUCCGAGUUGAUUGGCUUGGAUGGUCCUGAAGUCACAUCGGAGGACACUUCAUCUCAGUUGACAAUCUCAGAAUCUCCUACACUGGUGGGAAUAUCACAAGAAUCCCAGAGAAAUUCAAGAGAUUCUCAAGAGGUGGAAUCUGGAAGGACUUCUGUAGAAUCUCAAUCAACUAUUGAUACUCCUCAAUAUCUGCCUUAUUACAUUGAAAAUUUCAAAUUAGUGAUCAAAACAAUCUUAGAAGAUGAAUUCUUUAGCUAUUUAUUCGAUGCAGAGGACUUACUCUCAACAGAGACAUUUUGCUCAUCUUUAUCUGAUCAAGCUCAAAAAUUAUAUGUACGAUUGUUUUUAAGAAAACACAAAUGGCUUUGUGUGAGAAAGAUACAGUAUCCAAAAAUAGCACUGGAUCUUGACCCAUUUCUGAAAGAAUUGGUUGAUGUUGGGCUACUUUGGGAUGAAUCAAAGUUGGAAGGAUUGGAAGUAUGCCUGAACCUUUUGCCCGCUGACGAAUUGAGAGGCUACGCCAAGAAGAUGCAUGUUGAUGUGACAAACCAACGGAUGCCGAUGAUCGUGGAAUCUCUGCUGAAGCAGAGUAAGCAGAGGACAGUUGGUGCUAUGUUUGGGAUGAAAAGUGACCUUGAGGACACUAUGUUCAGGAGGGUGAAGUGUCUUGUUGGUCCUUGCUACCGUCUGCGUGAUGCUCCAUGUCAGGUCUUCCUCCGCUGCAUGAUGCUCUUCUCUCUGACGUCCACCGCUUUCGAGGACGACGACCAGGCAAACAGCCAGCAGUUAUAUCAGAUCCUUCAGGUCAACAGAGGGUUAAUCACCUACCCAACGUACAAGAUCCAAAGAACGACUAAGAUAUACCGCUCCAAAGAUGACCUUUUGCAGUUUCAGACUGCCUUGAAUAUCUAUUCCGAAAUCCUUGGUGCCAUAGAAAGUCAUGCCUUCGAUGCUGGUGUCAAUUUGUACAAUCAGGCAAAGUUGCUGUACGCUGAACACUGUGCUAACGAAGAGCUCAUCUCGUUUGAAUUGUCACUCCCAACCUUCCUAAGGGUGUACACUGCUGGCUCUGUCUACAUCAGAGUCCUAAACCAAGGGGUGGAAGUCCUACAGAAGGUGAAAAAGUACGCCGAGGCUAAUGAGGUACUGGAAGAGCUGCUCAACCAGUCUCUUCAUUGCCAGCACUAUAGGGGGCACUGGUGGGAUAGGUUGGCGCUGAAUCUGGAUCAGCAUCUAAAGAGCCCAGAUAAGUCUCUGGAUGUUAUUCGAAAGGGCCUAUCAGAUCUUCAUGUCAGGUCAGGGCGUAGGUUGGCAUUAUAUCAACGAUCUCAGAAAAUCUGUGAAUCUCCAAGCAACAAGAAGCUAAAGAAGAGACAGAAAGAGUUCAAACAUAACAAAGUUCAAGAAGCCCCAAAGGUGACCAUCCAAGGUCGGCUGCUGCCCAAAUCAAUCCUUGGUGCUCAUAGCCAUUUUGUCAGUCCAGAUUCUGCUGAUGGGAAUAGUCAAGAUGUGACAUUAUGUCGUGUGGAGCAGGUUGCCAUUUCACAUUACAAGAAGGAAGGCUACGACCAAGGUAUCCACGGAGAGAGUAGCACAUUCUUCGUACUUCUACACCUCUAUUUCUGGGAUAUCAUUUUCAUGGACGAUAUACCUGAUGUUUUCUACAACAAGUACCAGACAGCGCCUCUCGACAUGAGGACAGAGGAGUUCUAUACAAACAGGAAACGACCCAUAAACAAGAGAUUGAAAUGGUUGAAGAAAGCUUCAGAAGAGGAGCUCCUGGAACAUCUUGAAAAAGUCUGGUCAGAACACGAUGGACAGGUGUGUGCUACAAUGAACUGGGAGAGGUUUGACGAUCUGGAGCAAGCCAAGACAUUGGUGCGGGCAUUCAAAGGAGAAUUCAUGUCGGGCGUAUUCAAACGAAUCAUCAGGGAUCCGCGACACACGAGCUCUGGAAUGCCCGACCUUGUUGUCUGGAAUACAACAGACAACACGUUCAGGCUGGUUGAAGUAAAGGGUCCGGGUGAUAAGUUGUCAACCAAACAGAUCCUCUGGCUGGAUUACUUCUUGUCGCUUGGUGCCACUGCAGAAGUCUGCCAUGUUGUUGGUGUUGGAGCAAGAAAAUUGAUGCAUUCCACGAGCAGGGAAUCUCAGGAAAUGUAAUACCUCAACUCACUUAUAACUUUUGGUAAUACUAACUUAAGAUGUGGUACUCAUGUUGUGCUCGAAAUGUGGGAGCAAAGAACUUCUGUGUGUCUUUUACGUUGUUCUGUUGUAAGAUGUGUCUUUUGCAUUGUUCUGUUCUAUGAUCAAACUGUUUAAAACCAUUCAACUGAUUGUACAUCCUUAUUUUCAAGGAGUCCUUGUUACUGUGCUCUAUUUACAUAAAUCGUCAGGCAUAAUAUUGUUUUCUAUGUGGUUUAUAGAUUUAUCAUGGCACAAUGGCAGACAGAAAUCAGGAAAGACACAGGUGUCACAACAGAGCUUCAAGUAUAAUGAUGAAUAACACCAGAUGUCACAAGCUAUGCAAUCUCUGUGGUGGCUCUUUGUGGGUUUUUGGCACCAGUUGCCAUCACGUCAUGAAAAAAUCUGUGUUUGAAGUGGUAAAAACGUCUUGUUACGCUGAUAUUUAUAAAUAAAUGGAAUAAUGAUAUCAGAUGUCUUUUUUAUUGGAUCAUAAAUACUUGGGACAGAAAAGAGGCAUUCCUCUGGACUAGUUUUAUGGUCAACUAUCACACCGUCCAUAAGGCUGUUUUCAUUGUCUUUAUUGCUUGUUCCUAGGUACAACCAGUGGGAAAGUCCCAUGAGCCAA